AUGGUUAACUUUACCAACCUCGCUCUUGUUGCUACUACCCUCCUAGGGUACGCUAUUGGCGCUCCAGUUGAGCGUGACAGUGGCAGUGUUGUCAAAGGCAGCUAUAUCAUCACCUUGAAGUCUGAGCUUAAGACUGAUGACCUCGAGAACCACUUGACUUGGGUCAACGAUGUCCACAAGCGCAGUGUCUCCAAGCGUGACAGCCAAGCCAAGGGUGUUGAGAUCACUUAUGACGGUGAUUACGGCUUCCAUGGCUAUGCUGGUUCUUUUGAUUCCGAUACCAUUGAAGAGAUCAAGAACAAUCCUGAGGUUGCUCUCGUUGAAGAGGAUAAAGUCUGGAAGCUGCAAUACAUCAAGGAGGAGACUGAGUUGUCUCAUAUCGCCAAGAAGGCCUUGACUACCCAGUCCAGUUCUACUUGGGGUCUUGGAACUGUCUCUCAUCGCAGCAGUGGUUAUACAAGCUACAUAUACGAUACCGCUGCUGGAGAGGGCACCUACGCCUACAUCGUUGACACUGGCAUCCGUGCCACCCACAACGAGUUCGAGAGCCGCGCCACGGCUAUAUGGUCUGCCUUCAGUGGCGACAACGCGGACACCAACGGCCACGGCACUCACGUCGCCGGUACCAUUGGCGGCAAGACCUAUGGUGUCGCCAAGUUGGCCACCCUGUUAGGCGUAAAGGUCUUCCAAGGCGAUGAGUCCACAACCUCCAUCAUCCUUUCAGGCUACAACUGGGCUGUGAAUCACAUUGUCAACAACGGCCGAGCCUCCAAGGCUGUCAUCAACAUGUCUCUCGGUGGAGACUACUCUGCCACUUUCAACAACGCCGUCGCCUCUGCCUCUUCCUCCGGUGUCCUUACUGUCGUCGCCGCUGGAAACGAGGCCCAGAGCGCUGCUAAUGUGUCUCCUGCCUCGGCAGCGAGUGCAAUCACCGUUGGUGCCAUCGACAGCUCCUGGGCCAUCGCCUAUUACUCUAACUACGGCACCUCCCUCGACAUCUUCGGUCCUGGCUCAAGCGUCCUGUCCGCCUACUACUCCAGUAACUCAGCUACUGCUACCCUCAGCGGUACCUCCAUGGCCUCUCCCCACAUUGCUGGCCUUGCUCUUUACGGCAUGUCCGUCGAGGGUGUUAGUGGUGUCUCUGGCGUCACCAGCUGGCUCAAGUCGGCGGGUACCGCCAACGGUGUUACUGGCACUCUCCGUAGCUCUCCGAACUUGAUUGGCAACAACGACAACUCUUCGCAGUAA